AUGAACUACGUGUCUGAGAGGGUGUGGCAUUUAAAGCGCCCGAUAAGUGAUGCAUCGCCCUACUCGAAUUACCCUUUCUUGCUGACCACGUGAGAUGGCGUAAACCUGCCAAGAAAAUUGGUGUUUAAUUGGGGAGUACACGAAUCUUUACAAAAUGCCACGUUACGAACUCGCACUUAUACUCAAAGCAAUGCAGCGGGAGUGUCUGCCCUAACCAUUGCUACACCACCUACAACUAUGAAUUGCUGCCAGUCGUUGAUGCAUUGUACACUGUUGGCCUUGAUAUUGUAACAGCCAUGGCAUUUUCCCACAAUUCCAGAUCAAAAUGAUGAAAUUUUAUAUUUAUUUGUCUGACGGGAACCUCAAGCCAGUAAACUAUUGGAUAAAAUGUUUUCCCUACAGCUCUUCCUACAUACGUAGUAUAACUUGACUUUUCAUGCAGUUCAAGUAAAAUAUUUUUAUUUGUACUGUUGGGGUUUAUGGCAGCUUAAAAACAUGAAGGGUUCAAUGGAAGCAGCAGACAUUUCUGUAGUGGCACUUUAUUUUGUUACUGUAAUGGGCAUUGGGUUUUUUGCCAUGUGGAGAUCCAACAGAAGCACUGUGAGUGGGUACUUUCUGGCUGGUCGGUCAAUGACUUGGAUUGCCAUUGGGGCUUCUUUGUUUGUCAGCAACAUUGGCAGUGAACACUUCAUUGGGCUUGCUGGCUCAGGGGCUGCAAGUGGGCUUGCCGUAGCGGCAUGGGAGUUGAAUGCACUUUUGCUUCUACAACUUUUGGGUUGGGUGUUUGUACCAGUUUAUAUACGAUCCCAAUCUUGCACAAUGCCUGAAUAUUUAUCAAAGAGGUACGGAGGAAAAAGGAUUAAAGUAUACUUUGCAGUUCUGUCUUUAGUUUUGUAUAUUUUCACUAAAAUUUCAGUGAAUUUGUAUGCUGGUGCCCUGUUUAUCCAAGAAUCUUUUGGUUGGAACCUUUAUUUGUCUAUAAUCUUGCUGAUUGGAAUGACUGCCCUUUUGACUAUAUCAGGAGGACUUGUGGCUGUAAUCUACACAGACACUGUUCAAGCAGUCUUUAUGAUUGUUGGUGCUGUUAUUCUUAUGACAGUAAGCUUGGUGAAGGUUGGUGGGUUUGAAGAACUUAAGCAUAAAUAUAUGCUGGCCACACCAAAUGUUACAGAAAUCUUGCUGACAAACAACUUUACUAACACUAAUUUUUGUCACAUCUAUCCAAAGCCAGAUUCAUUGAAGCUGUUACGUAAGUCAUCUGAUGAAGAUAUUCCUUGGCCAGGGUUCCUGUUGGGUCAGACACCUUCCUCUGUGUGGUACUGGUGUGCUGAUCAGGUUAUAGUUCAAAGGGUGCUGGCUGCUAAAAAUAUUGCUCAUGCCAAAGGUGCUACCUUAAUGGCGGGCUUCUUGAAAAUAUUGCCCAUGUUCAUUAUCGUUGUUCCAGGAAUGAUUUCAAGAGUCCUUUUUCCAAAUGAAGUUGUCUGCAUAAACCCAGAGCACUGUAUGGCAGUCUGUGGCAGCAGAGCAGGUUGCUCCAAUAUUGCAUAUCCUCAUUUGGUCAUGAACAUUCUUCCAGUUGGACUUCGUGGGCUUAUGAUGUCUGUCAUGAUUGCAGCACUGAUGAGUGACUUGGAUUCCAUAUUUAACAGUGCCAGCACUAUAUUUACUCUUGAUAUAUACAAAUAUUUAAGAAAGACUGCUUCAUCUCAGGAACUUAUGAUUGUGGGAAGAGUAUUUGUUGUUUUCAUGGUAGGCAUUAGCAUUGCUUGGGUACCAAUAGUUGUAGAAAUGCAGGGUGGUGAAACUUACCUUUAUAUUCAGGAAGUGGCCGGUUAUCUUACACCACCUGUGGCAGCACUUUUUCUUCUAGGGGUCUUCUGGAAACGUUGUAAUGAGCAUGGAGCCUUUUGCGGUGCCAUGAUUGGUUCUAUUUUGGGAGUUACCCGGUUGAUCUUGGCAUUUGUUUACCAUGAACCAGAUUGUGACCAACCUGACAACAGGCCAAAUUUUAUUAAGAAUUUCCAUUAUAUGUAUUUUGCUACAUGUUUGUUUUGGGUAACUGGGGCUUCAGCUGUAGUUGUAAGCCUUCUUACUGAACCGCCAAAAAAAGAACAUAUUUGGACAACUACAGUUUGGGCUUACUGGUGCAAAAAUGAGAGAAAUUUAAAAACUGAUUAUGGUGUAGAUGUGCAGAAUCAUGCAGAUCGUGUGGAGAAUGACAAACACCUUAUUCAAAGACGCAAUGGAAAUGGAAAAUAUCCUGUUGAUGAUCAAGUUGAAGUCAGUCUUUUGGUCACUGUUAGUGGUGGAGUGGUAGACACCCCAGAUCAGUCUGAUGUUGACACUGCAAUGGAAUGUUUUUUAGAUGGUGAAACAACCCUGGUGAAUCCACCACAUGGAAGUAAGGUAGAGAAGAAGAGUACAACAUCCUGCUGGAAGUGUGCCAUUUGGUUCUGUGGCUGCAGCAGUGAAAAUGUAGGCAGAGAUGCAGCCUGCAGCUAUCAUUUAGAUGAGGCUGAGUGCUUGCAGAUGCUUAAAGAGACUCGACAGCCAGAGACUGCUGCUGCUUUAAAACGUACAGUAGAGGCAUUGCUGGAAAGAGGAGCAAUAGUGAGAAAUUUGGAAAAUCUUGGAGAGCGGAUGCUUCCAUACAAAAUCUCAAAGCACAGCAUCAGACACAGUCGUGGUGGAUAUUUCCUUUUUGACUUUCAUGCCUCUCCUGCUGUCAUCACUAGCAUGUUGGACCAUCUGGAACGCGAUAUUGAUGUUGUGAGACCUACCAUUUUGAAACAUCAACCCCCGACAGCAGAAGAAUGCCCAGGAAUGGACCAAGCUACCCUUGCACUUAAUUUAAAAAUAAAAUAAUAAAACGUUUAUAAAAGCAGUUUUGUUGCAGUGUUUGCAUUAGAAUGUGUAAUUCAGAUUUUACAUUAAAAAAGUGCUUAUUUAUGUUCUCUCCACAGCUUUUCAUAAAACUGGGAAUAGAGUUAAUUCAUUGUACUUUAUUCUUUACCUUUUGGUUUUGCUAGUCUGUGUUCAAUGUAUUCUUUGAGCAUGCAAAGAAUUCAUGUCAAACUGUUGUACAACUUGCCCCAAAGACAACUUGAACAUUUAUUGAUUACAUUAUUUUGCCUAUAGUACUCUUUCUUGUAAAGACUUACUUCAGUGUUUUCUUAUUUUGUUUAUUAAACCGUUUCGAACUUC